UAUUUCUUUUUUCCAUAAAGAAAAUGAUCAAAGUCUUAUGAUUUUUCUAUAAUUAUUUCUUGUGACACAAAUAAAUUGACACCACCCGGCUAAGUUCACUCCCUCUCAUCCCUUAUACCCUAAAGUUCCUUUUCCCAUUUUCUGAAUAUCCAGCAACUUACUCCAAAAAUGGCUCCGAUCGCCGUUGGUGACGUCAUCCCCGAUGGUACCGUGUCUUACUUCGACGAGCAAGAUCAGCUUCAGAGCGUGUCCGUACACUCACUUGCUAAGGGCAAAAAGGUAAUUAUGUUCGCCGUUCCUGGAGCUUUCACUCCGACAUGCAGCACGAAGCAUGUCCCUGGGUUCAUUGAAAAGGCUGACUUGCUGAAAUCAAAGGGCGUUGAAGAAAUCCUCUGUGUUAGCGUCAAUGAUCCUUUUGUCAUGAAGGCAUGGGCGAAAACCUUCCCUGAGAACAAACAUGUGAAGUUCCUUGCUGAUGGAGCUGGAAAAUAUACACAUGCUCUUGGUCUGGAGCUGGAUCUGUCGGAAAAGGGACUUGGUGUUCGAUCCAGAAGAUAUGCCCUUUUGGUUGAUGACCUUAAGGUGAAAGUAGCUAAUGUUGAAUCUGGAGGGGAGUUUACCGUCUCUGGUGCUGAUGAAAUACUCAAGGCUCUUUAAGUUUAUUAGUGCUAAGUGGAGUGUUUUGAAUUGAGCUGAGCUUCUGAAAUUUAUAUACCAAUAAUGUUUUCUUGAUAUAUGUCAUGUACUAGCUCGCUUCUGUUGCAUCGUAGAAUGCUUUGUGGAAUUUUCUCUUUGACUUUCAA